AUGGCAGCCGCUAUUGCCAGCGGUCUGAUCCGGAAGAAGAGGGAGGCACGGGAGCAGCAUGUAGACCGACCACCCCCGAACAGGCGGAGGAAGAGCCCCAGUAAGAACAAGGGGCUCUGCAAUGGCAACCUGGUCGACAUCUUCUCCAAAGUGCGUAUCUUCGGCCUGAAGAAGAGGAGACUACGGAGACAAGAUCCCCAGCUCAAGGGUAUAGUGACCAGGUUAUAUUGCAGGCAGGGAUACUACUUGCAAAUGAACCCAGAUGGUUCUCUCGAUGGGACCAAGGAUGACAGCAGUAACUCCUCUUUGUUCAACUUGAUUCCUGUGGGUCUCCGAGUUGUUGCGAUUCAGUCUGUGAAGACAGGGUUAUACAUCUCCAUGAACGGGGAGGGCCAUCUGUACACAUCAGAACUCUUUACGGCAGAAUGCAAGUUCAAAGAGUCUGUGUUUGAGAACUACUAUGUGAUCUACUCGUCGAUGCUGUACAGGCAACAGGAGUCAGGGAGAGCUUGGUUCCUGGGGCUCAACAAAGAGGGCCAAGCCAUGAAGGGGAAUCGAGUGAAGAAAACAAAACCAGCUGCUCACUUCCUGCCCAAGCCAUUAGAAGUUGCUAUGUACAGAGAGCCAUCGUUGCAUGAUGUAGGAGAGACCAAAGCGCCCAAAACAGCCGUCCUUCCCAGUAAAAGCACAACCGAGCCCCCAGUGAUGAACGGAGGCAAACCAGUCAGCAAGCCUACUACUACUACUGCUACUGCUGCUAAGCCCCCCACAUAG